CGCGUCUUCGCCGCGUAGUGCCGUGUGAGAUGCAGUGAGUGGAACACAGACAGAAAUAUGAGGCUGUCACUGCACCUAGCGGUGGUGCUGCUGGCGCUGCGCCAGACAUGCGCCGAGCCCGACAUCUCCAGCUUCCCCAACCAGAACUACGCGGUCUUCGGAGCCCCCAUCCGCGCGGACCUCGACGAGGACGGCUACUUCUACCCCAAGCCGAAGAUACCCUUCCCUCCGCCGCAGAACGUUUACGUGCCGCAGCCGACACAAGGAUAUGUGUAUGAGAGGCCUACCGUACCUUUCAACCCGCCGACUAGGCCUCCACCGCCGCCACCGCCGCCGCCGACUAGACAAACUCCACCGCCGACCAGACCAACACCCCCGCCGACCAGACCACCGCCGCCGCCGCCGCCGCCGCAACCAACGCAAGGCUACGUUUACCCGCAGCCUAAUAUACCUUUUAACCCACCAACCAGACCCCCGCCCCCACCACCACCACCACCUACAAGACCACCCCCACCACCUACAAGACCACCCCCCAUUUAUUCCACACAAGUCCCCGUCUCAAGAACCACUGGAUACAAUUACCCUAAACCCAGCAUCCCAUUCACAUUCCCAACGCCACCAACUACCGCUCGUACUUUUCCUCCAUCUACUUAUUUACCCCCUGUAACAACUACUAGGAGACCACCCCCUCCAUCCACCUACUUACCCCCAGUAACAACUCCUCGCCCAACUCCCCCGCCAACUACAAGAAGAACUCUACCUCCCACCACUCGACCACCACCCACCAUAAGAACCACAGGUUACAGCUACCCCACGCCAAGCAUAAUCUUUACGAUCCCUACUACUAGGCGCCCUUUGCCUCCUUCUACAUACUUACCCCCCACAACCAGAAGACCAUUGCCACCCUCUACCUACCUACCCCCAGUAACCACACCCCGUCCAACCCCACCACCUACAACUAGGCGACCGACUACUGCUUACCUACCCCCAGUAACUACGCCAAGACCCACCCCGCCUACAACUCGCAGAACACCACCCCCAACCACAAGACCACCACCGACCUACUCCACAAUACUUUACCCUACUAGAACCACAGGUUACAACUACCCCACGCCAAGCGUCACCUUCACUUACCCAACUACGGCUAGAACUUUCCCUCCUUCCACCUAUCUUCCCCCCACUACCCCUAGGAGACCAUUACCACCCUCUACUUACUUACCCCCAGUAACUACGCCUAGGCCCACACCCCCACCGACAACAAGGCCUCCACCACCUCCAACCACGAGGCCCACACCACCCCCUACAAGACCACCUACUUACACAACCCAAUUACCACAAACUAGAACUACAGGUUACACAUAUCCCAAACCCAGCGUCACAUUUACUUACCCAACACCAACUACAACAAGGCGAACUCCCCCCACAACCGCGAGAACUUUCCCCCCAUCGACUUACUUACCCCCAAUCCGUACCACCAGGAGACCGCUUCCGCCAUCUACUUACUUACCCCCUGUGACUACGCCUAGACCCACACCUCCGCCAACAACGCGGCCUCCUCCACCCCCUACCACAAGGCCUACGCCACCGCCCACCACACGCCCCCCACCCACAUACUCCACCCAAGUCCCACAGACUAGAACUACAGGCUAUUACUACCCUCAGCCCUCAAGCCCCUUCACAUACCCCACCAGACUACCAGUGUACAUCCCACCAUCCACAACCAGAGCUCCUCCAAUCUAUUUACCUCCGUCAACCACGGCGCCCCCAGUAUACCUUCCCCCAUCUACCACAAGACCUCCAUACAUCCCACCGUCUACAAGGCCACCCGUUUACAUUCCGCCUCCAACCACCAGAGCUCCCCCAAUCUACUUACCCCCAUCUACCACCAGGGCACCUCCAGUAUACAUCCCCCCGUCUACAACACGAGCACCUCCAAUCUACAUUCCUCCUUCCACGACCAGGGCUCCCCCAAUCUAUUUACCCCCAUCGACAACCCGAGCCCCCUUCAUCGAAGACCAAGGCUACUUCUACGACAAACCGAGAGUACCAUUCGUUUUCUAAGUUAGAUAAAAGUACCUAUAUUCACAGUUGCCAUAAAUGUGAUACCAAAAAGUACUUUUUCUAGUACUUUGGAGUAAGGUUUGUUAUUAGGUCUGGUAUUGAGGCCUAAAAUUUGUUUUAACGAUGUAUAAUAAUUACGAACGAACUUAUUACUCUGUCAAAAUAAA